UGCUCGGGAUCAUGCCCAGUCCUAUCCCAGCCACUUCCCAGAAUGUAUAUCCAGCUAACGAGCCCUGUUCUGCAGCCAAAUCAUCACCUCAUCCCUGUAACAAGCUCGAGUGUGAUGCUCCAGACUGCCGUUUAUCCACCGGGGAACUUCCUGUUGUUUACCAAAAGCUCAAAGAGAGGGAUCUGAAGAUAAAAGGCAGMAAGGGAAUCAGCACAAUGGAUAACAACCAAAAGAGGAAUCUAACUUUUCUCACCAUUGGAUUAAUUUUUAUGCUGAGCGGCAUAGAGUACGCCGUCAUACUGCCGACAAUCUGGAGGUACCUGCAAAUUUUGGAGGCUCCGCCUUACUUUCUGGGUUUGGGUCUGUCUGCCUUCAGCCUGAGCGGGCUGCUCACAGGUCCACUGUUCGGGUUGUGGUCUGAUCGAAGCAAAACUACGAAAUCCAUCAUACUUUUCUCUAACCUCUUCGAGAUUGCUGGUAAUUUCAUGUAUUUUAUUGGAUAUUCAAAGUGGCUGUUAUUAUCCAGUCGGCUUGUUGCAGGCAUCGGUGCAGGAGCAGGCUCGUCCAUCUUUGGUUUCCUAACGAGAAGCACUCUGCCAGAGGAGCGAGCCGGUAUCUUCGCAGCCGUCAUGGCCUGUCGGCAAGCUGGCCUCCUUGUCGGGCCGGCGUUCAACUUGUUCCUGCGGCUGUGUGAUUUCAAACUGGGGCCCUUUGUUGUGAACAAGUAUACGUCUCCUGGGAUCUUUAUGUGCCUGCUGUGGGUGCUGCUUCAGUUUGUGGUCUUGGCUGCGUUUUGGGACACGCUGCCUSUAGGCUCAGAGGACGCCGUGAUGAUGGAAAUGAAACUAGAGAAYGAUGAAGAAGAGGCACCGCUGAUGGGGUCUGAUGAAGAGCAGGUGCACACCUACAGAGCCGUUGACUCUGAAGAACCGGGGAUUUCUACCUCAACUAAGACGGAGCCCGUCCACGGAAACCAGAACCCGUUCAAGAACUUCAGCGUCAGCAGAGAGUUCCUGAGGGAAGAGGUGGUUGUUCUUCUCACAGCUCAGUUCAUCACUCUCUUCAACCAGACGGCGUUAGAGACCAUGGUGACACCUCUGACGCAGCGCUACUUCAGCCUGGGCGAGCUGGGAAACAGUUUGAUGUACAGCCUGUGUGGGGUGGAGGUCAUCCUGGGCUUCUUCUUCGUGCGCUGGCUGAGCAGGAAGGUGGAGGACCGCGCGGUGCUGGCUGUGGGCCUGGUCAUCUGCUGUGCCGCCUGUAUCUGGUGCCUCGCUUUCCUCUGCAACCCCCGAGGUGGAUAUGAAUGGAAGCUGUCUGCCUUCAUCAUCGGGGUCUUCCUCCAGCUGCUGGGUCUUCCCUUCGUCGCCGUGUCUCAGGUGUCGCUCUUCUCUAAAGUCACUGCUGAGAAAACACAGGGGUUUAGCCAAGGAGUCCGACGCUCAGUUGGAGGUCUGGCCACCAUCCUGGGUCCUCUGUGGGCUGGAGGACUGACCAAUAAUUUGUACCUCAUGCUGGGAAUGAUGCUGGCUCUUCUCGUAAUGAUCACAAUUAUGACAGCGCUGUCCUACGAGCAGCUAACUGAGCCGAGGCCGGUGCAGUGUGCCCAGAGCUCUGACAGCGGAGGAUAGGCCUGCAGCAACCACAAAGAGGAGCAUCCAAGUUUACUGCAGAGAUGAAACAUAUUAGUCUGUGGAAUAAAACCUCCCAAACACA